AUGUCUGAAAAUCUCUCAUUGUGUAGAUUGUGUGCAAAAAAGUAUUGCCAAAGUACUUUAAUUAAAAUGAACAGCGAUGAAUUCGUAAAGCAUAAUUUGGCUGAAAAAAUCCAUCAAUAUUUUAUAAUAAAUAUAACUGAGGAUGAUAUUUUACCGAAAGAUAUUUGUAAUUGUUGCUGUAAAAAAGUACUCGAAACUUACGAAUUUCAUCAACAAAUUGAAAAAGCUCAAGAAUACUUAGAAGAUACAAUAAUGCUUCCUACAAAAAUUGAAAUUAAAGAAGAAACAACUGAUACUUAUUCUGAUAAUCAGGAUUCUAUUAAGUAUUUUACAGAAGAUUCAAAUGAUGAAAAACCUUUAACGAAGCGUAUAAAAAAGAAAUCGGACAAAGGUCGAAAAAAAAUUGAUCAUAAGGAAAAUUUUAAUAUAGCAGAUAAGGGAAAUCUUCAGGGAGAUCCUGAUAUUAAACUUGAAACAAAAAAUUUAAAAGGAAAUAAAACUAGGAAAAAACGAAAAAAAACUAUAGAGAAUGAUAUGAAUAAAGAACAGUGUAAAUUGGACAAAACUGAUUCUUCAGAAUCAAUAGAUAAAGAAUUAAAUCAAAUUAUUGAAUUCGAGCUAAAAGAAGAAUCAUUUAUAUGCGAACGGUGUGGUAAAAGUUUUCCCCGAGUUGGUAUAUUGAAUGCACAUUUAAAAACUCAUAGUGAAGAAAAACCUUUCAAAUGUGAUGAGUGCCCAAAAAUUUUUAAAGAUAUUUAUGGAUUAAAAAAACAUAAAAUGUGCCAUUCGGGUAUACGACCACAUGUAUGUUCUGUAUGUGGAUUGAAAUUUUCUCGAAAAUGGAUACACGAUCGUCAUACAUUACGCCAUUCAAAAAAAUCUGAUUUUGAAUGUCGAUUUUGUUCAAAACAAUUUAAAGAAGCCUAUUACUUAAAGGUACAUUUACGGCAGCAUACAGGAGAACGGCCAUAUUCAUGUACAGAAUGUAAUCAUUUUUUUGCGAAUAGUAGUAAUUUUAUUAAACAUUUACGUGGAAAACAUAGAUUACGUAAUUUUUCAAUCGCAAAUCAACAUCAAUAUCCUUUUGUUAGUAAUUAGAUCAAGAAUAUACAAUGUACGGCAUGAAAAGUUGAUGAUUUUUGUUUGCUCUCAUAUAGCAGGGGAGUUUGAAUGAGCAAAUAAUUUAACAAUAAAAUGCUGGUAAAUUACCGGGCAAUUAAUCAAAUGCCAUGCCAAGUUUUUAAUGCCAUCUAGCGUAUCCAUAAUGUAUUACUUUUGGAAAAGUACUUCAAAAUGUUGAUUUUGCUAAUAAAAAGCCACCAAAAAUUUAUUUCAGAAAAAUACACACGAUUUUUUGCCAAAAACUUAUAUAAUUUUAACCUUUUUUAAACUGUG